GCCGGCGGCGGCCAGAUGCAGGCGGAGCGAGGAGCUCGGGGCGGCCGCGGGCGGCGGCCCGGCCGCGAUCGGCCCGGCGGGGAUCGCGACCGCGAGCAGGCCGGGGCUGCUUCGGCGGUGGCGAGAGGCGGCGGCGGGGACGGAGGCGGCCGCCGGGGUCGCGGCAGGGGAUUUCGCGGAGGCCGCGGCAGCCGAGGAGGAGGCGCCCCGCGAGGAGGCCGCCGGGAACCGCGAGGCCGCGGCGCCGGGGCUAGCGCGCCGGUUGAAGAUGACAGUGAUACAGAAACCUCUAGAGAUGAAAACUAUGAACAGGGAAAUUAUUCUAGAAGAAAGAUCAUCUCUAACUGGGAUCGAUAUCAAGAUACUGAAAAAGAAAUCAAUAAUGAAAGUGGAGAAUCACAGAGGGGGACAGAUUUUAGUGUCCUCUUGAGCUCUGCAGGGGACUCCUUUACACAGUUCCGGUUUGCUGAGGAGAAAGAAUGGGAUGGUGAAGCUUCAUGUCCAAAGCAGAAUUCGGCACUUUAUGUGGACAGUGAAUCACUCGUUCGAGCCCUUCAAGAACUGCCACUCUCACUCCGACUCAACGUUGCUGCUGAGUUGAUCCAGGCCACAAUUCCUUUAGAGCUUCCUCAGGUGAAACCAAAGAGAAGUGAUGACAGCAAGGGACUAGGCAUGCAGUUAAAGGGGCCCUUGGGGCUUGGAGGAAGGGGGCCCCUCUCUGAGCUGAGAUCUUCCACUGCUGGCUGCCCUGGGUCCCUGGCCAAAGACAGCCCACGACCAGAUCCUUCAGGAAGUUCUCAGAAACCCACUUCCCCACCACAGUCAGCAGCAGACCAUUUGGAAGAAGAACUAGAUCUGUUGCUUAAUUUAGAAUCACCUGUAAAAGAAAGAGAUAACAUCUUACCAGACCAGACAUCUCAGGACAUGAAAUCUGAGAGAGAUGGGCAGAUGGCCCAAGAGGAAGAAGUUCCUGCAAAACCAUCUGUGACUGAAGAAAAGAACAUGGAAUCUGAGCAACCAAGUACAUCAAAAAAUGUGACCGAGGAAGAACUGGAAGACUGGCUGGACAGCAUGAUUUCCUAAAGAGAAAGGGGGGGGGGGGGAAGUGCCUGAAGCAAUUUUGGUUGCCUUCUACUUGAGGGUGGGCACAAGGCUAUCCUUCAGUUGUCUAGCAUACCCCAUGCGUUCCUGUAUGCUUACAGCAGUUGAUGCCUACCUCUUUAUUUGGCAGCAUUUGAAAUAAUACAUAUCAGAGGCUAGUUGCAUUCUGGCUUAGUAAUCUAAUAGAUUUCCUUAGGGGCAGAGAAUUUUAUAGCCUCCUUCCUCUGAUGUUUACAGCAUAGCAGGUGCUGCCCACUUACAUGCAAUCAAAAAGGCAUGCAUUUGGCCAAAAUAAACACCCUCUGGUCCAUGGA